AUGGGUAGCACCAUGGCGGCAGACUCUAGGCACCAGGUGGGCUUCCACUUCGCCCUGGGAAUUCUCCGGGGCCCCAGGGGGAGGCUGCCCGCGUGGCUGUGGGAGGGUCUCCCAGCUCCCGCGCCCGCGCUGGCUAGGCGCCUCGCUGCAGCUCUCCAGUGCCUAGGAGUCGCCCUGGAGUCCCAGGCCCUCCCCCCAGCCCCUGAGCCCACGCCCCCUCGGUCCCGGAGCUUCGAGGUGCAGACACACCCUCCCCCAACUCCUCUCACCCCCACCUCCCCCAAGUGGCAGCUCCCGGCCGCCGCAACGCGGUGGGGUGGGCCUCUAGCUUCCGCGCUCCCGCCCCGGGCCCUAGAGGCGCUCUUGGCAGGUACGGAGGGCGUACGCUGGGCGCCCGGCGGGGGCUCGGCCCAGGCGCCAGCGGCGGCGGGGCGCCCACCCAGCCCCGACCCGCAGGUGAAGGCAGAGCUGCGUGAGGCCUGGGCUCUGCGCCCUGGUGCUGCCUGGGCUGAGGGUGCGGCUCUGGUCCCCGGGGCGCCCGUGCCCGUCGGUGGAGCCCAGGAAGCCCGUUCCCUGGCCAAGCGGCGCUCCUCCACGGCGCUCAUUCAUUCCACGCGUUCGGACACGCGGAAGGCGGUGUCCGGCUUCACCUUUGCCUGGGUCGAGGCCUCCAUGUGGGGCCCUGACCCCCUCACCUGCCCCCCACCCUUCCUGGCCCAGGAGAAAUGCCAGCUCCCUCCCUGCUGCUGGGACCUCAAAAGGAAAGACAUCGGACUCAUUUCCUUCCACAUAGAUUCUGGCUCAUGGCGCCCACCACACCCUUGCCGCAGAGGUUUCAUCCCCAGUGUCCAAACAGGAGCCUGCCAUGAUAUGGAUGAGUGCCAGGCUGUCCCUGGCCUGUGCCAGAGGGGCAGCUGCAUCAGCACACUGGGCUCCUUCGAGUGCCACUGCCCGGCGGGAUAUCAGCUCAACGGGGGAGCAAGCAAGUGUGAAGGCACCACCACACUGAACCAGACCCUGGACAUCUGUCACCACUUCCCCCACCUGUGCCUCCAAGGCCACUGCCCGCCCACCCCCUCCGGCUACCAGUGCAAGUGCCAUACUGGCUUCAGGCAGGACAUGCGGGGUGCGUGCAUCGAUGUGGACGAGUGUGCCAGCAGCCCCUGUCCCCACGGUGACUGCGUCAACACCCCUGGCUCCUACCACUGCCGCUUCCAUGGGGGUUUCCACGCCACCAGUGCCCAACAGGCCUGUGUGGACGUGGAUGAGUGCCUGGCCAGCGGGGGCCUCUGUAACCACGGCCGCUGCAUCAACACUGAGGGAAGCUUCUGGUGUGUCUGCAACUCGGGCUUCCAACUCACACCCGACAGCAAGAACUGUGUGGACAUUGACGAGUGCCUCAUCUCCAUGGGCCUCUGCGGCCAAGGCACCUGCGUCAACACCCCAGGCAGCUUCCAGUGCCAGUGUGUCCAGAGCGGCUUCCCGCUGAAGAGCUGCGCUGGCAUGCGGAAGAGCACCUGCUUCCGGCACUAUAAUGGCACCUGUCAGAACCAGCUGCCCUUCAACGUGACCCGCAGGGCGUGUUGCUGCUCCUACAACAUCGGCCAGGCCUGGAACAGCCCCUGCGAGGCUUGUCCGAGCCCCGCCAGGCCGGAUUAUCAGAUCCUGUGUGAGAACCAGAUCCCUGGCUUCAUCAAUGACAUCAACACAGGGAAGCCUGUUGAUAUGGAUGCGUAUGGGGAGAUCCCCGGGCUCUAGCAUGGCGUCUGUGUCAACCAGAUCGCUUUCCGCGGCCAGUGCCCCGAGGGCUUUGAGGACAACGGCCUCCUGCUGAUCUGCGAACUCCCACCCCGAUGCAACGAGUGUCAGGAGACCCUGAAUGUCUGCAGCCACGGCAACUGUGUGGACACGGAGGGCAGCUAUGUGUGUCUGUGUCCACGCGGCUUCCGGGCCUCAGUGGACCAGACUGCCUGUGUGGAUGGUGAUGAGUGUAGCCGGCAGCCGUGUGGGAACGGGACCUGCAAGAACAGCAUUGGCUCCUACAACUGCCUCUGCUUCCCUGGCUUCGCUGCCACGCCCCACGGGGACUGCCUGGAUGUAGACAAGAGUACCAUCCUGGUGGGGCAGGUAUGUCAAUUUGGCCAGUGCCUCAACACAGCUGGCUCCUUCUAUUGCCUCUGCCAGGAGGGUUUUGAGCUUCCAGCCGAUGGGAAGAACUGCAGGGAUAUCAAUGAGUGUCGCAGCCUGGCAGGAAGCUGCCUGCCAGGAACAUGCCUGAACCUUGAGGGUUCCUUCCGCUGCAUCUGCCCACCUGGCUUCCAGGUGCAAAGUGACCACUGCGUCGACAUCGAUGAGUGCUCAGAAGAGCCCAGCCUCUGCCUCCUUGGCUCCUGCACUAACCUCCCCGGAAGCUUCCAGUGCUUCUGCCCGGCUGGCUUCAUCCUCUCCGACCAGGGGCGCCGCUGCUUUGACACGCAGCGGAAUUUCUGCUUCACCCAUUUCCAGGGCGGGAAGUGCUCGGUGGCGCCCUAAGCUUCCACCGCCACCAGAGCCCAGUGCUGCUGCAGCCAGCGGCCUGGCCAGGGCUGGGGCCACCCCUGGGAACUGCGUCCUCAGGAGGGCAGUGAUGAGUGGGCCGCCUUUCAGGAGCUGUGCCCCUUUGGCCACGGGGCAGUGCCCGGCCUGGAUGACUCUCGAGAAGACGUGGACGAGGGCACGGCCAGCCCCAGCGUCUGCGGCAACGGCGCCUGCGUCAACACGGACUGCUCGUCCCGCUGCGAGUGUCCCCGUGGCUACAGCCUGGACUCCACGCGCAUGCGCUUUGCUGACACCCGGCAUGGCCCCUGCUUCUCUGAGGUGCUGCAGAUGCGGUGCCAGGCGCCAUACAGCCGCCACGAGGCGGUCAGCAGGGCAGAGUACUGCUGCUCAGGGGGCCACACCUGGGGUCCCCACUGUGAGCUCUGCCUGCCCAGCACCCCCACAUACAGAAAGCUCUGUCCCCAUGGCUCAGGCUAUACCCCUGAAGGUCAAGAUGUGGCUGAAUGCCGCAUCCUGGCCCACCUCUGCCCCCACGGCGACUGCAUCAACAGCCUUGGCUCCUUCUACUGCCACUGCCAGGCUGAAUACACUCCGGAAACGACCGCCACAGCCUGUCUAGAUGUGGCUGAGUGCAGCCAGACCCCUGCCCCGUGCGGCUUCCUCUGCAAAAACACGGAGGGAAGUUUCCUAUGCUCCUGCCCCCAGGGAUACCUGCUGGAGGACAGUAGGACCUGCAGAGACCUGGACCAGUGCUCCUCCAAACAGCACAACUGCCACUUCCUCUGUGUCAACACCAUCGGCGCCUUCACCUGCCGCUGCCCCCCUGGCUUCACCCAGCGCCACCACACCUUCUUCGACAAUGAUGAGUGCUCGACCCAACGUGGCCCCUGUGGCACCCUUGGGCACUGCCACAACACCCCGGGCAGCUUCUGCUGGGAGUGCUAUCAAGGCUACACCUGGGACCGCUCCGGCAGAGGCUGGGAAGAUAACAUGGACGAAUGUGAUGGGCCCCACAGAGGCCAAUACAGCUGCCAAAACGAGCUUGGGGGCUACCGCUGCAGUUGCCCCCUGGGCUUCACCCAGCACUCCCAGUAGGACCAGUGUGUAGGUGAGUAGUGCAGAACGAGGGCACCCAAGGCCUGCGGGAGUGCCACGUGCCACAACAUGCUAGGCGGCUUCCGCUGCGUCUGCCCCUCGGGCUUCGACCAGGCCCUGGGCGGCUGCCAGGACAUGGAUGAGUGCGCGGUGGCGGCGGCGCCGGGUGGCCCCUGCAGCUUCGCCUGCGCCAACACGCCUGGCGGCUUCCUUUGCAGCUGCCCUGGUGGCUACUUCCGCGCUGGGCAGGGGCACUGUGUCACUGGCCUGGGCUUAAGCUCUGGACCCCAGGACGCCCCAGAUCAGGAAGCGCAGCUAUCACCCCAAGCCUGCUAUGAAUGCAAGAUCAACAAGCUCUUCCCCCAGGAGCGGCCAAGGCGCAGUGCCCACGGGGACAGUCAUGUGAGUCUGGCCAGCCUAUCCGUGGACUCCCCUCUGGCCUUGAGCCUGAACCUUCUGGGCGGGACCCAGAACAUCCUGGAACUGUGCUCCGUGCAGGCUCAGCCCAAGAGCUGGAGCCACUAUGCCAUUGCCCGAGGCAAUGAGCAGGGCUUCUUCCACAUGCACCACCUCCCAAGAGGCUUCAGCACCCUGCAGCUGGGCCCGGGGAGGCCGGCUCCUGGAACCUACCGCCUGGAGGUAGUGAGCGUGGCAGGGCCCCAGGCCACCAGGCCAGAGGGACAGCCAGGGCCAGUGGGCCAACCCUUGUGAAUGAAAGUACAGCUGCAGGUUCUUUAG